AUGGCAGAAAAAUUCACAGAAGAAAAAUCCUAUUCCUCCAUGUUACUCAUAAAUCUUAUGAGUGAAAGAAGACCACGGGUUUGCCUAUUUGUAUCAGUUUACACAAUUUUACUAUCCAUUUCUUUGAAAUUUUUAGAUUCUGUACUAUCUUGGUGUGAAUCGACCAUGGUAAGGUCAACUGCUGUAUCUGGGUGGUCAGUGUUGAGUGUAUCGGUGGUUUUGGGGGUGGCAUUUGGGGUUCUAUCGGUGGUGGCCGCCUUGGCAGUGGCGGUACCGGCGACUCUGGUAACGUGGAUUACAGUGCUCGUGCUUUUGACUUUUUGCGGGAAACCCAGAAGGGGUUUGGUGGUGGAGGGCAAGAAAUUGACGGUUGAGAUUAUUGGGUUUGUGGUUGAGAUUUUGAUUAAAGAAGGGAAUGUUGUGGCUGCAAUUUGUGCUGUUUUUGGCUACUUUGUACUUGUUAGGACUAGUCGUAAGGAGGGUGGUGGCUUAGAUUUUGACUUUUGA